UAGCAGUAGGAAUGCAGUUUAGAAGCCAGGUCAUCUGACUCCUACUCAGUUUCUCUUUCCUUAAUAUGAAAAAUUAAUACUAUUCUGGUUUAAAGUAUAACCCUCUUGGUGACUCAUUCCUUUAAAUUGCAUACUAUGAUUUUUUUUUUUUUUUUAACUCCUCUCUCCUCUAAGGACCUGACAAUGUCUCUGUAUUGUGGAAUUGCUUGCAGGAGAAAAUCUUUUUGGUGCUAUAGGCUGCUGUCAACCUAUGUCACUAAGACCCGGUAUUUAUUUGAACUGAAGGAAGAUGAUGAUGCGUGUAAAAAAGCCCAGCAGACAGGAGCAUUUUACCUCUUUCAUAACCUGGCUCCUUUACUUCAGAAAUCAGAACAUCGAUACCUGCCCCCCCAGCAUAGCCUAUUAGAGUUGGAAAAGCUCCUGGGUAAGUUUGGACAGGAUACACAAAGAGUAGAAGAUUCUGUGCUGAUUGGAUGCUCCGAACGGCAGGAAGCGUGGUUUGCUCUGGACCUAGGUCUAAACAGCUCCUCUUCCAUAAAUGCUUCCUUAGAGAAACCUGAAAUGGAGACAGAGCUCAAGGGGUCUUUCAUUGAGCUGAGGAAGGCUUUCUUCCGGCUGCAUGUGAAGGACGCCUCCUUGCUAUCCACGGCGCAGGCUCUCCUCCGCUGGCAUGAUGCGCAUCAGUUCUGCAGCAGAAGUGGGCAGCCCACCAAGAAGAACAUGGCUGGCAGCAAGCGUGUGUGCCCUUCCAAUAAGAUCAUCUAUUAUCCACAGAUGGCUCCUGUGGUGAUCACGCUGGUGUCAGAUGGGACUCGAUGCCUGCUUGCCCGCCAGAGUUCCUUCCCCAAGGGAAUGUAUUCUGCCUUGGCUGGUUUCUGUGACAUAGGUGAAAGUCUGGAAGAGGCUGUCCGGCGAGAAGUUGCAGAAGAGGUGGGACUGGAGUUGGAAAGACUGCAGUACUCUGCAUCCCAACACUGGCCCUUUCCUAAUAGCUCACUCAUGAUUGCCUGUCAUGCAACUGUGAAACCAGGGCAGACAGAGAUCCAGGUGAACUUGAGAGAACUAGAAGCAGCUGCCUGGUUUAGUCAUGAUGAGGUCGUCACAGCCCUGAAGAGAAACCACCCAUAUGCUCAGCAACAGAACGGGACUUCCUCCUUCUGGUUGCCCCCUAAGUUAGCCAUCGCCCACCAACUGAUUAAGGAGUGGGUAGAAAACCCGACCUGUUCUUCCCUGCCUGCUUAGCUCAGAUCAGCCACCUCCAUCCCAGGGACGGCAAGGGGGUUAUCAAAGAUCAGUUGAAAAGGGUGAGGUGAAAAAAGGCCCUACCCAGCCAACCUUGUAUUAAGGCUGAGAAGAAGGUGAGCCUACAGCAAGACACCUCUUCCGACAGCGUUACUGAAAGACGUUCCUACUCAUAGGCACUCAGAAAUGCCCGAGCAAGCAGAAAUCAGAGGGAGGGCUCAAGAUUUGCUUUAGAUGUGGGCCCUUGUUUACCCAUUUUCUCCGAGACCCUGGGAGGAAAUAUCUUUUGGCAUGUAGCUUGUUAAUGCUCGGUUUAUACCUCACUGCCAAAAUGUGCCUGGUGUAAUUUUGGUUAAAAUUUCUAUCUUAGUAUUGAAAAUCUAUAUAGCAAAUCUCAAACCACUGAGUUACUUUUUACCCUCACAGAAUUAAGACAGAUAGCACAACAUAACAUGUUGAAUUCAUGUACAGGUAAUGAUUCUGUACAUGGUAGUUAAAUAGAAGUCAUAUCUCCUUAAGUCAUCUCAAGGGAUGAGGAAUGUGGGAGCUAAGGUCUUCCCAGGGUCCUCUGUGAUGUCAGGUGCAAUGAGGUUCUAUGGAGGUGACUGCAGCCCAGUGGCUCAAGAUGGUUCGUCUUUUUUGCUGUUACUUGAUCAGUGUUUGACCCAGAAAUGAUGGUCACUUUGCCAUUCCUGUUUUCCUAAAUGUAAAAUGGUUGCUGCCACGUGCACAUCCAGUAAGUGUUGUAACUUCAACUAAGGGAUUACUGAGGACAAACCACUUCUUGAGUUCUAUGGGAUAAACUAAAUUUAGGAUUUCCCAUCAUUCAUAGAUGUCAUUUUAUAGCUUUUGUCACAGGGAAAAAGAAUUUAUCUGGAGGAAAUAAAAUAAAUUUCCACACCUUUGCUCAGAUGUGUUUUUCUGUCCUAUGAAGUGAGGAAAUUGCAGAAGUGAGAAUUUGCAGGGGAAAGAGGAGGGGAGGAAAGGAAUCCCUUUAUUAGUGUAACAGAUGUUUAAGUCCAGGUUCCAAGUC